CAGGGAGUACCGGGGGCUCUGAGUGCAGAGGGCUGUGGGAAUUGCCAGUGAAAAAUCCUUUUUAUUCUUGACCAAGGUGACUGUGGCUCUCAGGGGAAAGACCCUUCAGGUGGGUUUUCGGUUCUACAAAAGCCUCUCCCAGGCUGGCUCCAGGCAUCAGAGGAAGGAGAACACGGUGUUAUUUUGGUUGAAGUGCUCAGCUUCAAGACUUCACUUAGUUCCUCACAGCUUGGAGGGGUAUGAAGGCAAUUGGAAAAGUGCUUUGUGCUACAGGAGUUGUAGCUGGGCUCAUAGCUUUCUUCUGGAAAGACGACUUUAACCCAGAGAGCCUGUCUGGUGCCCGUGUUCUCGUGACUGGAGCCAGUGCUGGGAUUGGAGAGCAGAUAGCAUAUCACUAUGCCAGAUUUGGUGCUGAGAUUGUGUUGACUGCCAGGAGGGAAGCUGUGCUGCAGAAGGUGAUGGAGAAAUGCCUGACACUCGGAGCAAAGAAAACAUUUUACAUCCCUGCAGAUAUGUCUUCCCCUUCAGAGCCUGAAAGGGUGGUGCAGUUUGCUGUCCAAAAGCUGGGGGGCCUGGAUUACCUGGUGCUGAACCACAUCGGCACCAACCGCUUCCAGGAGUGGGCUGGGGAUGUGGAGUACACGCGCUGGCUGCUGCAGGUGAAUUUUUUGAGUUAUGUGGCUCUUGCAACAGCAGCUCUUCCCACCCUGGAGAAGAACAGAGGUGCUCUGGUGGUUGUUUCAUCCCUCACAGGGAAAAUGCCCACUCCCUUCACCACUUCUUACUCUGCCACCAAGUUUGCCCUGGAUGGAUUCUUCAGCUCGCUGCGCCACGAGCUCAUCAUGCAGAGCAGAGAUGUGUCAGUCACCCUGUGCAUCCUGGGCCUGAUUGACACCGAGUCAGCACUGGAGUACACCAGGGGCAAAGUGCUGCUCAGCGCCUCCCCCGCUCCCGAGGCCGCGCUCGCCAUCGUCCGGGGCGGAGCCGCUCGGGCACCCGAGAUUUUCUACCCGCGGUGGCUGCGGCCGCUCUGCUGCCUCUGGGCUCUGUUCCCCAGCAGCGGGAACCAGGUGCUGCGGACUUUCUAUAACUACAGCAGCCCCUGAGGGGUGCCCAGUCUCGUCCUACAGCCCUGUAAUCCCAUUCCUGCCAUCCCACUAAGCACUGCUGUCAAUCAGGAGCAGGGCAGCAGCGCUGGCAAAAUCCCAUUUUCCUAACGUGACUCGUGGUCUCUCAUCCUGCUUCAACCAUGGCUCUGCUGCUGCUACCCAUCAGUCAGAGAUCUCUCCCACUCUGCCUCAGCCUUCCUCCCAUCUCCCUCCUCCUUCAGCCUCACCUGUGUGCUCUGACUGCAUCCAGCCCCAGUUUAACCCCUGUGUGUCUGCACAGGAUGUCCUGGAAUGGCUGCACCUCCUCCUCCACCUCAUUUUGGAUACCAUGGACCCUCUUGCUUCCUAUAAGUAGAAUUUUUAUCUCUAUUUUAAUUAAACAAGUUUUUAAUGUC